CAACACAACAUCUUACUCUAUCGUUUGAACGAUGAUAGCAUGACAGUAAGGCAAUUUAACGAUCAUUCGGAUGGGGAUAAAUACCAGAACUAUUCAGGUCCACGGAUGGAUCUACCCAGCAAUUUCCUGACUUUUUUAUCAGAUUUGAAAUGCGCCGUGUCGAAAUCUCAAUUCGUAGCCCUAAACGAAAACCUGGAAAAUCUCUGGAAUCUUUCGCCUCAGGAACAAGCUAUUGAUAAUCAACGACAAGUUGAAGAAGACGUGGCUGCAGUCGAUAAGAAUACAUUGAUUGCCGUUACGCAGCAUUUGAUUUCGACACUAUGCGGUAUUUUGAAAGACGGAACAGCCUUUGGACACCAGAGCCAAGACUCAAUAACAACUACCUCACAGCCGAUAGAUGUUUUGAAUGCAUGGAAUCAGCAUCAUGAGUCGCUCUGCUUGGACGAUACGGAGGAGCCGUUCCUUUGGUUCACUGAAAUAAUUCGGGCGAGCAAAAACUGGGUUCGAUGGAUUUUGCAAAUAUAUCCUAUGAUUGCUCCGUCGAAUUCUGUUUCUUACCAAGCAACGCAACCAUUCCAAUCCAACGAAAUGUUGGAGUUCUAUAUGCUUCUCAUGGAUGGUUAUAUCAGCUUGAAAUUCGUCAACGCCAAAACUGGCGAGAACUUGGCGCGACACGCCUGCCAACUCCUCUUCUACGCAGUCUAUUCCCAAUCUCCACGCACUGACGACAAAGCACAACUGAGGUUCCAACAUUUGCGAGAACUUGAUUUCUUUGACCGAAUAUUGACCAUGCUGGGACAAGCUCAAACCACCGCCUUUGGAUUCGCGUUGGUGCAACUCAUUCACAACGUUAUGUAUUCUUUUACCGACGCCUCCAAAGCAUGGACGGAAUCGAAUAUAUUCUUGACCGCCACCGCUUGCUCGAAGUGUCCCUGGUUGUCCCAGAAGUCGAGUGAGCAUUAUACCUUUCCUAUCAUGCUCGAAUAUAUGUUAAUAUGGUGUCUUUCAUCGCAACCACCGUUGCCCAACAAUUUCGAGGAUCGCCGAGUAAAUAUAGUUGUUGAGGUCCUACGGACUUUCUAUGCGAUGCGUGCUGGAUCGAAGCUGACUGUGGAUUCAGCUCUUGCAAAUAUUCUGGUGCAACUGCUCCACUUAGAUAGUCAGAAAAAGCAGUGUAUGGAUUGUCAGAUCGCAGCUGUUCCUAUCUUGAUGGACGCCAAUCCAUCUUUGGGAGACUUUCUAGUUUCUAGGGAAUCCGUCGCGCCCUUGAUGCAUAUUUUGGAUAGUCAGAUGACGCUUGUUUUGAGGAGCAAUGAAAUGGACAAUGCCGGUGCGGCCAAAUUGACACCCAUUCUAGCUGUACUGUUCAGGUUUUCACAAGCCAACCUCAAGUUCCGGCAAUUAGUGAAAGCAUCAAUUUUUCCCAGGGAUCGAGAGACGACUUUCCAAGCAAUGGUCAAAGAGGCCGAAAAAGGAAUCGGUUCCACCAAAAAUAUGACACCAAUGGACGCCCCGUCCGGAACCUUGAGGGCCGGCCUUAUUCGUUUGCUUAGUUGGCCCCAGAGCCACAUAAAACGCUUUGUGGGCGAGUUACUUUGGAUUUUGUGUGCGAAUGAUUCCAAAGAAUUUUCCUAUCGCGUUGGAAUGGGCAACGCUCUUCCGUUUCUUGGCCUAAAAGGAAUUGUUGAGCUGCCACCGACUAUUCAUUCUUAA